AUGCACUCAGCACUUUCUCUUUUACUCCUCGCAUCUUCAUCGCUUGGUUCAGCGAAGAAACAUACGAUCAAGCAUAAACACACGCAUCGUGGAACGGAACCUCCUCUGGGAGAUAUGCUACUAGCGACGGCUGGUAGUUAUGUGACUGAUAUAGCAAAGUGUCCUCCACUCAAGCCCCGAGAUUCUCCCCCGACCAGUGUACACGACCUUCGUCCUGAUGACUUCUCGGUGGCUAUGGCCAUUGGCGACUCCAUUACUGCAGGCGCGUUCGCCAAGGGCAAGUCAACCUUGAUUCCAAAGGCGAAAACCUAA